GAUAAAUUCGUUCAAAUUUAUUUUCUAAAAUAAAAAAACAUGGCGACCACGUCACUUCCAGGUUUUGACCAGAAGAAAUUACGGGAGCGUUUAUCUUUAUGGGACAGUCAGACGGAUCCAAAAGCACCAUUAUCGACUCUACAAAAAGAUGUCCUCAUUGAACUUACAAAUUUUUCAAAUGACAGGCCUCUCCCUUCGAAUCUUCCAGUGGAUGAUGGGCCAGCAACAGUUUUACCACCAGUGUUUAACACGGACAGCAAGUCAUCAGAAUCAAACCCUGUACAGAAAUUUCUUGCAGGAACAGAUGCUGAAAAUGGUGGGAAAAUUGAAAACUCUCAACAGUUUUUCUCGUGGUUUUCUGAAGUCGAAAAUGAAAUAGAGAAAGAGGAAGAUCUGCCGUACAGGUGUCAUAUAGAGGAGCUAGAAUCAUUCCGUGCACAAUGCGAUGGUGUACUAGAUGAAGUAUCUUCCGGACUAGAGUAUCUCAUGAACCUACAGCAACAAUAUAUCAAUGUGUCUACAAAAACCAACGCUCUACAUGAGGCUUGUGAACAUCUCUUAGCAGAACAGACUCGCCUCAUGAAUACAGCAGAGAGUAUCAGUAACAAGUUGUCCUAUUUCAAUGAGCUUGACAGUAUUUCAAGUAAAUUGGGAUCACCACAGCUUACAGUUACGAAUGAAUCAUUUGUUCCGAUGUUAUCACGGCUUGAUGAAUGUAUUCUGUACAUUAAAAGCAAUCCACAGUACAAGGAGUCUGAUGUAUUCUUGGCGAGGUUCAGACAGUGUCUAUCUCGAGCGCUGAAUUUAAUGAAGACACAUGUGAUGAAUAUAUUACAGGCAGCAACCCUUCAUGUGAAAAAUGCUAAGGAGACAGGGGCAGAGAAGAAUAAUGCUUUCACAUUGUUCUACGGGAAGUUUCGGGCAAAUGCUCCACGAGUGAAAUCUCUGAUGGAACAGCUGGAAAUGAGAACUGAUAAGAGUCCUGAAUAUGAGCAGAUUUUGAGUGACUGUCACCAGUGUUAUUUCUCACAGAGAGAAACAUUACUUGGUCCUAGUAUUAACUCUACCAUCAAUGAUCUAGCUACAAAACAUGUUCGUGACCACUGCUCUUUGAUGAGAAGUGGUUGUGCAUUUAUGGUUCAUGUUUGUGAGGAUGAGUACCAGUUAUAUCUCAACUUCUUCUCCAAGCCUACCAUCAUGCUUGAUGAGAUGUUGGAGAGGUUAUGUAGCGCCCUCUAUGACGUGUUCCGGCCCCUUAUUAUACAUAUAAAUCACCUGGAGACACUAGCCGAGCUGUGCAGUAUACUAAAAUUAGAGAUGAUUGAAGAGCAUGUUGAGCAGAAUCCACAAGAGUUGCGGGCCUUUGAGAAUGUGAUAAAGCAGUUAUUGAUGGACGUACAAGAAAGAUUGGUAUAUAGAACAUAUAUAUACAUACGGACAGACAUUCUCCAAUAUUCGGCAGCUCAAGGUGACUUGGCGUACCCAGAAAAACUUGAAAUGAUGGAGAGUAUUGCAGAAGGUAUAAAGAAAGGUCAGAUAAAAGGUCAUUCUCGUACUCCCUCCAAUGCCUCAAGCACAAGUGCCGAGGUUGCUAGGUUAACAGGUGCCGUAGAUCCUGACUCUGUAUCACUGGAGAACGUACCUCUACAAGAAGAUCCAGCGACCGGCUGGCAGGAUGUCUCGGCUGGACCAGGUGGUAACUUGACAACGUCGAUGCCGAUGUCGCCAGCAGAUUUACACGGGAUGUGGUAUCCCACAGUACGACGUACUCUCGUCACAUUGUCUAAACUGUACCGCUGUAUUGAUAAAACAACGUUCCAGGGUUUAUCACAGGAGGCUCUCCAGUCAUGUAUACAAUCUCUAAUCAAUGCAAAAGAAGGAAUCACAAAGAGGAAGGCAAUAUUGGAUGGGCAGCUGUUCAUGAUAAAACAUUUACUGAUAUUAAGGGAGCAGAUCGCGCCAUUCCAGGCCGAUUUUUCUAUAAGGGAGACUUCUCUUGAUUUCAGCAAGUUUAAAGAGCUAAAGCUUCACAAUUUUGUUGAUGCUGCCUACGGUCUGCUGCAUAAGAGAUCUCAGAUUUUUAGUUUCAGUUCUACCAAUUCACUUCUACAGUUUAUAGCUGAGGGUACCCCACAGGUGAUGGAGAAUUUUGUCGACUCUAAGAGAGAUGUUGAUGGUCAGUUGAAGAGAACAUGUGAGGAAUUUAUUCACUCAGUCUCUGAUAUGAUGACAGAACCUCUCAAAUCAUUCCUCUCCAGGGCCUCCAUCAUAAUCAAUAUUGGUCAUGAUGACAAUUUAAAACAAGUUAGUCUUCGUACACAACCGUUUGCUGCGCCGGAGAAAUUACACGAUGUUGUUGCCGAGACAUACAAGCUUGUGAAGAAAUCGGUUCCCAAUGUGCACAGAAGCAUGGCUCUAUAUCUAGCAAACCGGGAAACAGAAAUUAUCCUGUUUAAACCUAUAAAGGUGAACGUUCAGCAGAGGUUUCAGAAGUUAAAUGAAAUACUGACGGAACAUUUUACAGAGGAAGACCGACAGAUUGUAGCUUGCCCGAGGUCCGAACAGAUUAAUUUACUACUAGUUUCAAGCAAGACAUAGUGGCUAUACAUCUGUGCCAAGUUCAUGUUGAACAUCAGGGACUUUAUCUUUAUCAACUGGUGGACUGACUCAAGUUUUUACAUUAAAAAUGCAUAGAUUUUUCAUGCCAUCGAAGAAAGAAGCAAUGUGGGUAUCAUAAGGACGUACUACAUGUAUACAGACUGUUCCAAGUUUAGGAAAAUCAUUACACAAAUUUGUGAGUGAAAAAAAUGAUGAAACAAGCUUAAGAGAAGGGACUUGAGUUUAUUUUACAAUUAGUAGUAAAAUGUACAUGUACCAUUAUUUAGGGCAGCUACAUACGUGUUUUAUUAAUAGAAUAUAUACUUAGAAACUCAAUGCAAUGAAAUAUUUACCGACACACAAAGUGUUAACUUCUAACUUAACUUUCAAUAUGAAUUUAAUUACCCCAGAUAUUAAGAUUUGAGGGGAAGACUUUCUAUUUUAUAAUCAUCAUCUCCAACAGUGUUGCAUAAAUGUUACAAGAGAAGAACUUGUAUACUGGUAUUUAUUUAUCCUCAAGUUUGUACAUUUAUUCACAAAUACUGCUGUGUAGCAGUGUCUUGAAAUGCUAAGCUUUUCUUGAUAUAUUUUGUUUUACAGUAGAGUGCUAUUCUACAUAUAUGUAUAUAGGAGGGUACAAAAAGAUAUGAUAAAAUAUUAUUGCAAUAUAUAAUUUAUAUAAAAACAACAUACACAUAUUCUAGCAAGUAUGAAUAUAAAUUUAUAUGAUGCAUUAUAUAUAAUACAUGUAUCUUGUCAAAUUAAUUCAAUACAAAGUAUGAAGUUUACACCUAUGAAGUUUUGCUAGACAGUGGUAAUUUAUUUAGCAUUAUUUUUAAAGUUGAAUGUCCUUUUAUUUUCAAUGAUGAUAUACAAUUUUGUGUAUACACAUAUUAUUGCAUGUAUAUGCUUUACCCUGUCUUGUCAUUUAUCAUGUGUAUGUUUAUCCUUGUGAACCAUUUGGUCCGCUUGACUUAUAAUUAAAAUAGUUACAGAGUUGCUGUUAUGAAAACAGAAUGUCCAUUUGUUAAGACUGUUUUGCUUUUAGAUUUAUAAUUUAUAUUAUACAAGGUAUAAUAAAAUUUAUUUAUAGAAUUUUAAUAUACUCAUGUUUCAUUUUAAAUGAGGGAACAAUAAAUUAAAUAAAAUGGAAAAUUGUG